UGAUAUUUUCGUGAAUAAGGAAAAAAGAUGAGGGUAUUUUAGGUAUUUGGGGUGGUUAAAAAACGCAAAUUUAAUUUAAUUUAGUGUUGUAGAGAAGAGAAGUGAAUGAUGAAUGUGUAGCGUGAGUGCGUGAUGGAAGAAGAAGAAGACCAAAGUUUAAGCUUCUCUGAAGUAGUUGAAGAACAAGGACAACGAGGAUCCGAGGAAGAGAAUGUUGUGCAAUUUCUCGAUUCCUUGGAUUCCUAUUUAACCUUAUUCGAUUCUUUGUCUUCGACACUGCGCCAGGGAUGGCUGGAAUUGGCGAGUGCUCGACAUUCCAUGGGUGUGUCCCGAAUUAACGGUACUUUGCUGGACCUGAAACCCCAUUCUGCUGCUACAACAUUGCAAGUAUCUGAACCUGAUGUUGACUACAUGGUGGGACAACCGCAUUUUAAAUUGAGCAAAUGGGCAUCCUCUAGUAAUGAAAACUGCUGCUCUGGAGAAGAAAAAAUUAGGGAGGACAAGUUGCAGACAAAAUCUGAUAGUCCACAGCUAAGACACCGCUCCCAGUUUUCUGGAACUCCAGCAACAAUUGGAGCUCCUCUUAUAGUUGAUGAUCAAGUUCAAAAGGAGCGAUCUAAAUCACUAUCAAUGUUUGGGACUUUAGUUUCUCCAAAGCUUCGAUCUGCCCAACUUUCAUUUGAGACAGCCCUGGAGACACUCGUAGAAAUAGCAAAUAUGCGUUCAACAAUGUUUUCUACUUCUGAUCAAAUCCGAAAAGAAAUGGCAGGACCAAGGGAUGACAACAAAAGGUAUUGUAUUGCUGAAGAGGUUUGUGACUGAAUGUUUCAUUCGAUCAAUUUGGUGCAGACUCAAGAUUCCAUAUGAGUUUUUACUAAAUAGCAGUGCAGGGUUCCUUAUAGUGCUCUCUUCCUCCAAUUGUGAUGUAAAAAUUAUCUUUUUGCACUCCCAUUUUUGGUGGUUAGUUAUUUAAUAUUGUGUAGUCUCCAUGUAUUAAAACAUUAGUUUUUACUAAUAAAAUUGAACCCGUCCUCUAAGUGAAUGAAAAAUAUUAUUUUGUCUUUUCCUC